UUGCUGGGCCGACUAGGUGUGACUGACGUCGGUGGGAAUACCACAUCCACCGUUCGCCGUUCGCUGGUUAUCCGUCCCCAUUCCGGUCCCAAGGCCACCCUCCCUCAGCCCAGUUCAGUUCCCCAAUGUCUCGGUUCCGUCCCACACCAACGCCGCUCACGCGCUUCGCUCUCCCCCGAGCCGUUGUUCAUGUCUUGUCCUCCCCACGGCUGCAUGGAGUGCGCGCCAGCCGUGUGUUUUUUCUUUUCUUUUUUCAGCCGGCAAAGUUCCAACGCACGCAAGACGGAAUCCGGCUCCGACUUCAGGACCCAUCCCCCCAUGAGCAGACGGCGGUGAUCGGCGGCCGGGGGGAGCGGGAUGGUGUUGCGUGCCGGGUUGCGCGUCACCUGGGUUUGGCGGUCCGGUUGACCCACUCCGGUUCGCAUGCAACCCCCCCCUCCCACCUCCCAUCCUCCAUGCAGCUGGACGGGUCGAGGCGAGUCGUCAUGCGCGAGGCGUGUGUUGCCCUGUUGCCAUGCUGCUCGCCAGGCUUCGGCAGUUCAGUCUUUGGGUACGAACAGGGCCGGUGGGAGGAGUUCUCUUCCCUUUCCCCGCACAGCACAGCCUUCCAAAAAGUCCUACCGGAGUUCUAGAACUCAGGAUUGCUUGCUUUCCCUUGUCACUUGAACCCGGACGUCCAGUUUCUGGCAGGGUAUUGUUUGAAACACGGAGGAAUUUCGUGGAAGAGUCGAGGUCGGCUUACCAUCCUGCCUCCGUCUCAGCAAGCACACGCAA